AUGCACCAUGCCUGGAAUGGAAGGCGCACCACUGGAGAGAAGGGUGGGGUCCUGGUCCGGCAGGUCCCACCCCCAGUGCAUCGCAGGCCUGCCAGCACAGCCUCCCGGGCCAGCAGCUGUGGUGUGCAUCCCCAGAUGCAGAAAUGCGUACAGCGAGGUAAGCAGCUCCCUAAAGCCACCCGGCUGGAGUACAGAGCCUUGGACUCGCAUCCAGGGUACCUGGGUCGAGAUUUUCUGUUCACCGUGUGCUGUGUCAGCCUGAUGCCCGUGCACACAGACCUAGGCCUCAGACGUGGCUCAGUAGCAGCACUGUGGGCAGCUUCUCCACCACCACCGCCGCCUGCAACAACAGCCACCACCGACCAUGCACCUCCACCCCCACCAAGGACCACCACCACCCCCAGACAAGCGCCACCUCCAACAACAGCCACCACCAACCAUGCACCUCCACCCCCACCGAGGACCACCACCACCCCCAGACAACCACCACCUCCAACAGCCACCACCACCAACCAUGCACCUCCACCCCCACCAAGAACAACCACCACUCCCAGACAACUGCCACCUCCAACAACAGCCACCACCGACCAUGCACCUCCACCCUCACCAAGGACCACCACCACCAGACAACCGCCACCUCCAACAACAGCCACCACCAACCAUGCACCUCCACCCCCACCAAGGACCACCACCACCCCAAGACAACUGCCACCUCCAACAACAGCCACCACCAACCAUGCACCUCCACCCCCACCGAGGACCACCACCACCCCCAGACAACCGCCACCUCCAACAACAGCCACCACCAACCAUGCACCUCCACCCUCACCAAGGACCACCACCACCCCAAGACAACCGCCACCUCCAACAACAGCCACCACCAACCAUGCACCUCCACCCCCACCGAGGACCACCACCACCCCCAGACAACCGCCACCUCCAACAGCCACCACCACCAACCAUGCACCUCCACCCCCACCAAGAACAACCACCACUCCCAGACAACUGCCACCUCCAACAACAGCCACCACCGACCAUGCACCUCCACCCUCACCAAGGACCACCACCACCAGACAACCGCCACCUCCAACAACAGCCACCACCAACCAUGCACCUCCACCCCCACCAAGGACCACCACCACCCCAAGACAACUGCCACCUCCAACAACAGCCACCACCAACCAUGCACCUCCACCCCCACCGAGGACCACCACCACCCCCAGACAACCGCCACCUCCAACAACAGCCACCACCAACCAUGCACCUCCACCCUCACCAAGGACCACCACCACCCCAAGACAACCGCCACCUCCAACAACAGCCACCACCAACCAUGCACCUCCACCCCCACCGAGGACCACCACCACCCCCAGACAACUGCCACCUCCAACAACAGCCACCACCAACCAUGCACCUCCACCCUCACCAAGGACCACCACCACCCCCAGACAACCGCCACCUCCGACAACAGCCACCAUCAGCCACGCACCUCCACCCCCACCAAGGACCACCACCACUCCAAGACAACUGCCACCUCCAACAACAGCCACCACCAACCAUGCACCUCCACCCCCACCGAGGACCACCACCACCCCCAGACAACCACCACCUCCAACAACAGCCACCACCACCAACCAUGCACCUCCACCCCCACCAAGAACAACCACCACCCCCAGACAACCGCCACCUCCAACAACAGCCACCACCACCAACCAUGCACCUCUGCCCCCACCAAGAACAACCACCACCCCCAGACAACCGCCACCUCUGACAACAGCCACCACCGCCAACCAUGCACCUCCACCCCCACCAAGGACCACUACCACCCCCAGACAACCGCCACCUCCGACAACAGCCACCAUCAGCCACGCACCUCCACCCCCACCAAGGACCACCACCACCCCCAGACAACCGCCACCUCCAACAACAGCCACCACCACGAACCAUGCACCUCCGCCCCCACCAAGAACAACCACCACCCCCAGACAACCGCCACCUCCGACAACAGCCACCACCACCAACCAUGCACCUCCACCCCCACCAAGGACCACCACCACCCCCAGACAACUGCCACCUCCAACAACAGCCACCACCAACCAUGCACCUCCACCCCCACCAAGGACCACCACCACCCCCAGACAACCACCACCUCCAACAACAGCCACCACCACGAACCAUGCACCUCCGCCCCCACCAAGAACAACCACCACCCCCAGACAACCACCACCUCCAACAACAGCCACCACCAGCCACGCACCUCCACCCCCACCAAGGACCACCACCCCCAGACAACAGCCACCUCCGACAACAGCCACCACCAGCCAUGCACCUCCAUCACUACCACCAUCAGCACUUAACAACCACCACCGACAGCCACUGUAA